CUUAGUAAUUCAAGUUUGUCAAGAGAAAGGUUGGAUAAGAUUUCUAUUAAAAAAGAAGUUGAAUCAGUUGCUGACCAUAGCUGCAUGAUUUAAAUUAUAGCUUUAUUUUUACCAAAAAAUGAAUUAAAUUUAGAUAAAUGUAUAAAAAUUGCUUUAUUACAUGAUUUGGCAGAAAUGAUGUUAGGAGACAUAAUUUCUAUUGAGAAUAUACCAGCACAAUUGAAGAAAUAGAAAGAGGAUAAUGUAAUCAAAAUGAUGAUCAAAGAUUUAGAUGAAUAUCUAAAAUAAGAAUUAUAUAGUAUUCAUAAAGAAUACGUUAAUGGAGAGAGUAUGGAAGUUGAAUUUGUGAGAGAAUUAGAUAAAUUAGAAAUGUUAUUCUUUGCAUUUGAUAAUGAAAAGUAGUAUAAAGUUAAAUUGGAUGAAUUUAUACAAGUGAGACUAGAAUAAAGAAUAAAUAAGUUAGACCAUUAUUAGAUGAGUUACUUAAAUAGAGAGAAGAAUUCUUAUCGUAAUGAAUAUUAUUAAUUUUAAUAUGAUGUAAAGUUCUACUCGUAACCGUUCAGAACAAUUAAUCUACUAAAGAAGAUAAUAAGAAUAGUAGGUUGGCAAAUUGAAUACAAAGCUUAGAUAAGAGCAUUACGAGAAGACCUUUGCAGCUUGGGAAAAUAAAGGAAAAGAUGUUGCCAAUUUGUAAUAUACAAAGAAUAGGUAUUAAAAUAGCAUAUUUUAGGCUUCAAUAAAUUCGUUCAGAAGCUGAAGCUAAUAAGAAUCAAAGAA